AUGAUUGGGGUUUUUCUACCAUACUUGAAAAAAUUCCAACGUUCCGCCGAGUCCAAUGACAUUGUCGAUCGUCUUUCAUACCAGUAUUCUGCCAUGCUGUUAGGAAUCUCUGCUGUGAUGAUGGCUGCUUCACAAUAUUUGGGAACUCCUAUUCAAUGUUGGGUUCCAGCGCAGUUCACCCGAAUGUGGGAAAAAUAUGCGGAGACCUACUGCUUUAUUAAAGGAACCUAUUUUUUGCCCAACGACACCCUUUCGGAGACUUAUUUUGUUGACAAAGAUGAAAAUCAUAUUGGAUAUUAUCAAUGGAUUCCGAUCGCAAUGUUCUUCCAAGCUUUCAUGUUCUACGCGCCAUCCGUUAUUUGGAGAAUGUUCAACGAGAGUUGUGAACUAAAAAUCAAGGAGUUUGCUGCUGCUUCUGAAGCCGCCAGAAAAACCAAGCAAACUUUCUCAAAUGACAAAGUCAUGGCCACACGUUUUGGACGAUAUUUCUACAAGAAGCUCGCGUUCCGUGGACAAGCGGAAGUUUUCAAGAAAAAAUCGACAUUCGUUUCAUCUGGGCAUUUCCUACCACUUCUCUUUAUUAUUACCAAAAUUCUCUACCUUUUCAACAUUGUCGCCCAAUUCUACGUCCUUUACGCAUUUCUCAACACUAAAAGUGUUUUCUGGGGUUUUGACACAUUCAUGGAUAUCUACAAUGGAAUGGAAUGGGAGACUAAUGGAUUAUUCCCAAGAGUUACGAUGUGCGAUUUUGCUGUUAUGCAAUUGAAUGCUGUCCAUCACCAUACAAUUCAAUGUGUUAUUGUGAUCAACAUGUUAGCUGAGAAGGUCUACAUUUUCUUCUGGUUCUGGCUUCUUUUCGCUGGAGUUUGCACAUUUAUAUCAUUGGCUUAUUGGACCAUUAGCUAUUUAACUCAAAUGGGACGUAGCUUUAUUUUCGGAUAUCUCGCCGGUACCCCACUUUUCGAAGAUGAGGAGGAAAAGAACAGCGACCUCGCUGAACGAUUCGUCGACAAAUUCCUCACUGCUGAUGGUGUAUUUAUCUGCCAAUUGAUUCAGAGCAAUUCUGGUGACUACUAUAUUACUGUUAUGCUUCAAGAAAUGUUCAGCUUGUUCAAGGCCGAUGAAGAAGAGAAAAGGCGAAGGGACAACGAGGAGCCGUCAGCUCCAGCUCUCCCUGAGCCAACAAAGGCCGUCAGCGAGCACUUGACUUCUGAAGACGAAGAUGAUGUUGAUAGUCCCGACACCACUGCCACUCUUCCACGAUAA